AUGAAUAAGUUAGUUGAUGAUAAUGCUAGGAAUUGGCAUAACAAGUUAUAUGAAGCCUUAUGGGCAGAUAUAAUUACCCCUAAAAGAGCAAUUGGAAUGGCACCUUAUGAUCUGGUGUAUGGGAUUGGCGCAAAGGUUUCUUUACCUCUGGAAUUGGCAGCAGCGAGGCUCCAAACUGUAAUUGAGGACUCCCUCCAAGAUGCUCUAGAAAAGAGAGUCAUGAAUUUGAUGAAGUUGGAUGAGGAAAGAGAAAUGUUAGUGGAUAGAAUUACUAAACAUGAGAACAAGGUGGAGAAAAUCUUGGAUAUGAGAGCUCGACCAAGAGGGUUCCUAAAAGGGGAUGAAGUACUGUUGUGGGACAAGAGAAGAGAACCAAAGGGUGCCCAUGGAAAAUUUGAUUCAUUGUGGAAAGGUGAAAAUAAGAAGUCAUCUCACACCAAGCAUGAGCCUAAUCCUGCUUUGAACUUUUCUGCUUCUCGAUAUACAAGGUCAUGGAGUGUUCCACAGAAGAAAAUGGAGCAGGUCAAAGACACAUAG